AUGGGUUAUUCUAUCAACUACAGAAAAGGGAUGGUUGGCGAAACAACUGGCAAUUGGGAAGAGCCGUACCACAAGUUACCUAGUUUGUUGCAAGCAAUGCAACUGUAUUUUCCCGACUUCAUUUGGAAGUUGAGUAAACAACCGGCAUACCAAGGUGACGUGUUGGACGAGAGAAACGUUUUAUUCAAGAGGCUAUUUUGGACGUUCAAGCCGUGCAUUGAUGAUUUUGCUCACUGCAAGUCAAUUGUUCAAGUGGAUGGAACAUUUUUGUAUGGAAAGUACAAAGGGACGUUAUUGGUGGUAGUUGCACAAGACGGCCGCCAACAUAAUUCCCAUUGCCUUUGA